AUGAUGACAUUUGAAGCCGCUAUAACGAUGAAAGAUUACGAUGUCUACAUCAACAGUUGUAACCUCCUUAUUCAGAGACAUAAUUUUACGAUAAUUGAUAACAAAGCCGUAACUGCUGUAGGCUUAAGUUUAAGGACUGCAAGUGUCUGCCGAAACAGGAAAUUCGAAACAAUGCGCGUUACGACACGAGCAAACCAAGUUGACUCCCUCAAGCUUGAAUGUUCGACGGAAAUGAAGGAGCGAAACUCAAUAUUUAUUCUUGCUGAUAAAGAUGCAACCACAAGGCUAAAUUAUGUUCUCUCGACUGAUGGGUCGACAAAAACAACUCAAAGUAUUUCAGCUCCGACCGAUUAUUAUUUUGAAAAAGUUUUCCAUAUUGUAUGGAAAGAUGAAAGCUACGUCUUUGGCGGAACAUUGGAUUAUUAUAAGAUUGCGAAAUUAAGCUGCUGCGAAUUCUCCGAGUUGUCAAUUCGACUCACCCUUGCAGCGGAUAACAAAUCAUCGGGAAUUGUUCAUAAGGGCGAUGCUGGGGUCUUAGUCUGUUUCUCUGAUGACACCAAGACUUGCGAGUUUUUCGACGGUGCUUCUGUUUCGACCUUCAGCGCGAUGACAAACGCCAAUCAUAAAAUAAAGGGUUCAUACAUUCUUCAAUUCGAUCUAACCUGGACUAACACUGCUUAUCAACAUCCAAUUGCUCGCCGAAGUCAUACAUGUAUGGAGGUCGAGAAUGGAGUUCUCGUUCUUGGAGGAAUAAAUUCAGACGGAAAUGAGCUUCAACGCAUCGAUUUGCUUAGAAAUGAUGCUUGGACAACAGUUGGUUCUCUUCAAUAUCGUCUGGAUGAAGGCAGUCGUGCUUUGUCAUUUGGCGCCUCAAUAUUCGCCAUCAGCGGUUUCAAAGAUUCAGAAGUCGGAACAGUAGAAAAACUUUCUUGGAAUGGAAGCGUCGUUACCAGCUCGGAACUUAUUCAUUCGUUUUCUACUUCGACAUGGUACAGCGCGCCCAUCGUAUUUAAAACAAACUCUGAUUUCUGCAGUUCUGUCUGA